AUGCUGGGGACGUGAGGUGGUAAGGACGUGGAGAACACCGAGGAUGCAGGGGGACACAGGGCGGUGAAGAUGCAGGGAUGGCAGGGACAGCAGGCAGCUAGGACAUGGGGGAGUGUGGGACACCAGGUGGUGGGGUCUCCAAACACCUGGAAUGUUGUCUUUCGAACCCUGCCACAUUCCGCCCGGCGCUGGAGCUGCCAGCAGCAGACAGAAGCCUGGCCGUACUCUUUCUUUGCUCAAGUUACGGCAUCAGAAAGCAACACUGACUUCCAAAAAAAUCUCAUAAGCAUGGAUGGCAAGAAUGAAACCUCUCAGCAAAUGCAUAGAAGUAGAGAGUCAAAUGUAGCAGCAAACAAGUUGAAAGAUAUUCCAGAAGCACUGCAAGAGGUCAAAAACCACCUUGGGGACGGAGCAGCAGAAAAUAUAACGGAGAGAACACAAAUGGCAGAGAAAAAGAAGGAAAAACAAAAUAAUAAUGUAGACAGAGCAAGCUGUAAAAGGAAAUCAGAAAACAAUGAUAAAGUAGCUGUGGAAAAAGAAGAAACAAUGUUAGAGACUGGCAAUCAGUUAAUCCCGACACCUCUGUCUCAUAUUCCUCUGAAAGACCUAAUGGACAUAGAAAUGGAGUUGGUCUACACUGACGAGGAGGAGAUUUCCUUCGAGUUUGCCAAGCCUGUGGCAUCUACAAGCACACAAUCAGCGUGUCGUGAUUCUGAAAAAGCAGAUGCUCUGAGCGCACCUAAUAGCAGUGCUUUGCCCUACAUUGACGAACAGCUUCAGACGACCCUCCGGGAAGCCAGCACUUCCUACAGGGAGAAGAACUACGAAGCAGCAGUGGAGCAGUUCUCAACAGCACUGGAGCUUUUCAGUAAAGGUGCUGCUACAGAUGAUACCCUUGAGUCAUCUCCAGAAGAUAUUUCCAGUAUCGCCAGUUUUAUUGAGACAAAGCUUGUAACCUGCUACUUAAAACUGAGGAAGCUUGAUGAUGCUCUGAAUCAUUCACACAGGAGCAUUAUCCUGAAUCCAGCUUAUUUCCGGAACCACCUGCGCCAAGCUGCUGCGUUUAGGUGUUUAGAGAGAUACUCUGAAGCUGCAAGGAGCACCAUGAUUGCUGACUAUAUGUACUGGCUGACAGGAGGCACUGAGCAGCAUACAAGCAAGCUCAUCAAACUGUAUUGGCAGGCUAUGAUUGAAGAAGCUAUCGCUAGAGAAGUAUCCUUUUCAGUUAUGUACACACCAUGUGUGACAGAAGUCAAGGCUGACAAAAUAAACAAGAUAAAGGACUUGUUUGCUAAAAAGCACCCUGAUUACGUGGAGCACAUAUAUACAGAUCCUCAUGGAUUUCACUUCUUGCCACAGACGGCUGAGUGGCCGUCUCUGCCUCCCCAGCGGUACUUACUGACUCUGGGUUUCAGAAACAAACGUAUUGGAAAAAUCUUGGAAAGGUGGUCAAGUAAAAAACUGCCAAUCUUUUCAGACCAGAAAGCACCUUUCAGUCCUCUCACGAAAGAAGAAACAAAAAGAUAUUGGGAUAACACUGGGAAAAAGAUCGUGCCAGUAAUGGAUUUUAUAAGAAGCACCAAAUUAACUGACAAUCUCUGCGCGUGUUCACGUGGGAUAGAGAAGUUGCAUUACGCCAGCUUCCUCGGCCGUUUGCAGAGAGUCGAGGAACAGUCCCAAGUGAUUAAUCAAGCGAUGGCUGAGCUAGCAACCAUUCCCUACCUGCAGGACAUCAGUCAGCAGGAUGCCGAACUGCUGCAGUCGCUAAUGGCAGAUGCCAUGGACACCCUUGAAGGAAGAAGUGAUAAAGGACGUGUGUGGAAUAAAAUUCAGAAGAUUGGACUAAUUGAAGACUACUUAUACCAAGUAGAAGACAAUUACUUAAAGAACAAAAGGCUGAGAACAGCUAGGAGGGAAAAAAUGAAGAGGACUCAAAGUACACAGCAACAUUAGAGACCAGGAGAUACAAAACUGUCCCUUACCAGCCCUAAAGACAUGGCCACACAGCAAACAAGAAAAUUAACACUGUAGAUAUUUGAUAGAUAGGUCAACAAAAGCCACCUUUCCACUUAACGAGCCUUCCCCUCACUAUGGGUUGACUUUAGCAAGACACUCCUGCACUUCAUUAGUCUUAACCGGAUGGAAUAAAUGCCUUGUGAAAGGCUUAUUUUAAAUUGUCUUGUUUAUUUAAAUAGUAACAUCCCGCCAAAAAGGGGCCUGUAUCUUCUGCUCUGAGAAUAUUCUGCAUCCAAAGCCUAUAAAAUCCUGCUGGCUUGAUUAUCACCCAAGAAGCACUGAAAACAAGGAUCCCUCCAUCCUCAGAAGAAUUCAGCCUCACAUUGCCUUCUUUCCAGAUUAAUGCCUUACAGUACAGAUAUUGGUACGAUCUAUAGGUGCAAAGUGGCAUCAUGCACCUUAUGGCUGCGACAACUACAAGUGCAAGAAACACAACACUGUGAAAAGAGAAGGGAAAAAAAAAAAAAAAAA